AUGGGUGCAUGCGGAAGUAAAGAGGCGUCCAACGAGGACUCGGAGCAGAAAAAGAGAAGUCAGGCCAUAGACAAGAAACUCGAGGAGGAUUCGCGACGGUUACGGAGAGAAUGCAAAAUUCUGCUUCUUGGCUCUGGGGAGAGCGGCAAAUCGACGAUUGUUAAACAGAUGAAAAUUAUUCAUCAGAAUGGCUACACGCAGGAAGAGAGGACGCUCUACCGGCUGACGAUAUACAAGAACUUGGUUGACUGCAUGAAGGCGCUCGUCUCAGCAAUGCAGCAAUUUGAAAUCGAGCCGGAGGAUCAAACCGUCAAAGACUAUGUCGAAUACAUAAUGGAAUAUAACGUGGAUCCCGACCCCGAUACGCCUCUGGAUCCAAAGGCUGCAGAUGCGGUCGAAGCAAUCUGGAAGGAUCCAGCCGCAUCAAAGACGAUGGACAGGCAAAGCGAGUUUUAUCUCAUGGACUCGGCACCAUAUUUUUUCGAAGAAGUCAGGCGCUUGGCGGCCCCCGACUACAUUCCCAAUGAGGCCGACGUCCUCCGGGCACGCACCAAGACCACUGGUAUAUAUGAAACCAGGUUCACCAUGGGCCAAUUGAGUAUACACAUGUUUGAUGUGGGCGGGCAACGGAGUGAGCGAAAAAAAUGGAUCCACUGCUUCGAGAACGUCACGUCGAUCAUCUUCUGUGUGGCAUUGAGUGAAUACGACCAGGUCCUUCUGGAAGAAGCCAACCAGAACCGCAUGAUGGAGAGUCUAGUUCUUUUUGACUCGGUGGUGAAUUCCAGAUGGUUCAUGAGGACGAGUAUCGUCCUCUUCCUCAACAAAGUCGACCUGUUCAAAGAGAAGCUUGGCCGGUCGCCUUUGGGGAAUUAUUUCCCAGAUUACUCUGGUGGCAACGAUGUCAAUCGCGCCGCAAAAUAUCUUCUCUGGCGGUUCAACCAAGUGAAUCGAGCCCAGCUGAAUCUCUACCCUCAUCUCACGCAGGCCACGGAUACAACGAACAUCCGCCUUGUCUUUGCUGCUGUGAAAGAAACCAUCCUACAAAAUGCCCUGAAAGAUUCGGGGAUUUUAUGA